AGAAGUGAGUUCCGUCUCUUCUAUAAUCAAUUCGCUGAGACACUAUGGCCUCGCGUUUGUUAUCAACCACACUCAUAACACCACCGCCUAAUUUCAACAAAUCAUCGGCGAAUCUAACAACGAUCGUGAAGCUGAGAAAAGAAAAGCUUAGUAUCAGGGCAGUGAGCAACAGCUCUCAAGGAGGAACCGUUUACAAAGGCGUUUACGGUCCCUGGACCGUCGAACAGUCCGAUGUCAAAGAGGUUGUUCUGUACAGAUCAGGACUUGUAACUGCUGCUGCUUCCUUUGUAGCCGCUUCUUCUGCAGCCUUUCUACCGGAGAACUCAUGGCUGAGUGAAACAAUCAAGCAAAACCAGGACUUGUUCUACCUUGUUGGUGCUGGUGGUUUGGGGCUUUCUCUGUUUCUUAUUCAUAUAUAUGUAACGGAGAUCAAGAGGACUCUUCAGGCUUUAUGGGCACUUGGUGUUGUUGGUUCCUUUGCCACUUACGCUGCCCUUGCUAUACCAGCCAGUGAUAGCUUGGUUCAUUAUGUCGUUGAUCAUCCAACUGCUGUUUGGUUUGUUGGUCCUCUUUUCGCUUCCCUCACUGGGCUCGUUUUCAAAGAAGGGCUCUGUUACGGUAAGCUAGAAGCUGGUCUUCUUACAUUCAUCAUACCCUCAGUGCUUCUCGGGCAUUUGAGUGGCCUGAUGAAUGAUGAGGCGAAACUGGUGUUGCUAGGAACAUGGAUGGCACUCUUUGUAGUAUUUGCUGGAAGGAAAUUCACUCAGCCUAUUAAGGAUGAUAUUGGGGAUAAAUCUGUUUUCAUGUUCAUGGCUCUUCCGGAAGAUGAGAAAAAAGCUGUAGUUGCAAAACUCAAGCAAGAUAACUCUGGGUAAGACUUAUUAGAAAAUAUAAACAGUGUACAUCUUAUGAGCAUUGAUAGAUUUCCUGCUUGACAUGGGCUGUUGUAAUGGACCUGUCCAGCCCAGUCGGACUCUGACUUGGCCUUUAUUUCAUUAUCAAUAUUAAGGUCUUGUCGUCCC